UAGAAAAAGGAGCAGAAGGAAGCAGAGAAUGCCGAGGGACAAGCUGCCGGAGGGAAGAAGAAGAAGGUGACCGCCGCGCAGCUGCGUGUGCAGAAGGGUACGUUGAGCCUAUUGGGACAGCACCAUAUUCCCCAGCUGCGUAGCUUUUAGGAGGCUAACUCUAUGGGUGACAGAUCUAUCAGAGCUUUCCCUAGGCUCGACCAUGCAGACCGAGUUCCCUGACCCCGACGACAUCCUUAACUUUGUCCUCACGAUCGACCCAGACGAGGGAAUGUACCGAGCCGCCAGAUUUACAUUCGACUUUCAAAUCAACCAGAACUUCCCUCAUGAGCCUCCAAAGGUCCGGUGCCGGGAGAAGAUUUAUCAUCCCAAUAUUGAUCUCGAGGGCAAGGUGUGCCUGAAUAUUCUGCGUGAAGACUGGAAGCCCGUCUUGAACCUCAAUGCAGUGAUUGUUGGAUUACAGUUCCUCUUCCUCGAGCCCAACGCCUCGGACCCGCUGAACAAGGAAGCGGCUGAAGACCUGCGAAACAACCGCGAGGGGUUCAAGCGCAACGUACGGACGGCCAUGGGUGGAGGUGUGGUUAAGGGGUCGUCAUACGAUCGGGUUUUAAAAUAGGCGGGUUGAGCGAACUCGGAGGCGUGUGUGUUGUCGGGGAUGCAUCCCCGUAGUCGUUUCAUGGGAGCAGACAUGAGAUUGGGGUGAGGAGAUUGGGACGAGGAGAUGGACGGCGAACACCAUUUUAGCGAGCAUAAAGAGGAU